AUGCCCGAGGCUUUCUUCGCCCCCGAGGGGGAGCUGGCCCAGCUCUUGGGCAUCUGCUCCAGGCUCACCCUCUACAACGACGGAGCCGACUUCGCCCUGCACACCACGGAGGUGAUAGGCGGCCGCGGGCGCGUCGUGGGGCGCCACACGCGGCCGCUGCCGGCGGACUGCGGUGUGCAGCCCGGCGACCGGGCCAGGGUGGACAUCGUGGACUGCACCUCGAUGGACGCGAACGUGGGUGGCGUGCGGCACAACUACUUCAACCUGCAGCCGCACAUCGUGGGGGAUCUGCAGGAGCUGGUCUGCAGGGGCAAGGGCGCCGCCCAGCGCAGCCGCUUGGUGCGCAUCAGCACGGA